CUCCGCUUCGCGGGGCCAGGUGGCAAAGGACGUCCAACUGGGGGCCACGGCUGCAACCAGGUGCAUUCAAGGCACGCGUGCGCAAGAUACACGAUGGGAGUUGGUCAAACUCGCCCCGUCGAUGUUUGCUGCUGCUGUAAUAACAAGCAACAUUCUGUGAGCGCGCGUAGCAGACAAGCAGGGCGACGCGUUCACUGUUCAAAUAGCCAAAUUCACUUUCAUGCGCAAGUUUACUGCUGGUCGCUUAGUCCAGCUGUUUAGUACACUUGCAAGUUGCAUUUGAGGAUGUAAGAAUGCGUUCACAAGAACCAAAAACGCAAGGAUGAAGAGCGCGUUCAAGGAUGCUGGCGCGAAAGCAGCUCCAGCUGGCGCGCAGGGAGCACAGCCAGCGCCACCGGCAGCCAGGAGCGAGGAAGCAAGCAUCAGGGAGCUUGUGGAGAGCUGCCUGGUGAAUGACGACUUCACGCCCGUGCUCCGCAUCGUCUUCAGCGGAUCCGCCAAGGACUCCGCGACGCCCACCGCCGCCGAUGCCCUCCUCGGCGGCGGCCCGGCCGGCAGCCCCGCUCCCCCCUCCGCCUCCGCCUCCGGCGCAGCCGCCGACUCGCAGCAACCCAAGCAGGCGCUGCUGGACGGCCGGCCAGCACUGGAGCUGCUCAAGGGUGUGCUGAGGUCGGUGGCGGCGGAGCAGGACGGGGUGGUCAAGGAGGUGUGUAGCCUGCACGCCAUGGAGAUCGCCACGUGUGUGGCCGAGCUAGACCGCAUGGCCCUGAGCGCGGAGGCGCUGAGGAAGGCGGCGGAGGCCAGCAGCGAGGCGCUGCAGCGCGCCGGCGGCACGCUGGCCUCCACCGCGCGGGACCUGCACGGGCUGCUGUCGGCACAGCGGCACCUGGCGGCGGGGGUGGGCGGGCUGAGGGCGGUGAGGCGGCUGCUGGCGCGGUGUGGACAGGUGGGCCAGCUGCUGGCGGCGCGGCGGCUGUUUGCGGCGCACACACUCUUGGAGGCGGUGCGGGCGCAGGACCUGGUGCUCGCGCUGGAGGUUUUGUCCAACAACACCACGGUGGCGUCGGCGCUCGCCACCGGGCCCGACGCGGCGUCGGCGCUGGCGGCCGCGGCGGCGGCGGCGGCGGUAGGCAGCGCGCUGGAUGGCGGCGCCGCCGGCACCGCGGGCAUUGCGCCCAAGCAUCAAGCCAUGGUGUCCCGCCUUCGGCGCUAUCUGCAGGGCCUGGUGACUGACCUGGAGGCGGCGGUGGAGUACUACGCAGUGGCCGAGUUCAACAACUGGCUGGUUGGUGUCCGUGCCGAGUCGCGGCAGGUGGGCCUGCGCGCCAUCCGCCAGGCCGCCAUCGGCCGCCAGCUGGGCGACGACCUGGCGGCGGAGCGGCGCAGUGUGGCGGCGGCGCUCAUGCUGGCGGAGAAGGGCGUCAGCGGCGGCGGCGCCAGCGGCGGCGGCGGUGGCGGCGGCGGCGGUGGCGGUGGCGGUGGCGGUGCCUUUGCGGGCGGGGCGGCUGCCGCCGCCGCCGCCGCAGCAGCAGCUGGCGGCGGCGGAGGAGGCGGGGGAGUGGAUCCAGCGCGGGGCGACUUGGUGGCGGCGGUGGCGGAGCGGGUGGUGGUGGGCGCGCCCUUCCGCAGGGACCUAGCGGCGGAGGGCGCGCCGGCGCCGCCGCCCGGCUCGGCGGCCGCGGCCCCCAGGGGCAUGGCGAGGAGCGCCACGGCGCGAGGCGGCGGCGGCAGCGGGGUGGGCGGCGGCGGCAGUGGCGGCUCGGGCAGCGGGCCCGGCCCCCCGCUGGACGUGGCCACACUGCAUCCGGGGCAGCCGCUGCAGGCCAUCCAGGCGCUGUUGGCCCGCCACCGCUCCAUCGCCGCCGCCGGGCCGCCGCCGCCCGUGUGCGCGCUCACCGACUACACCACCGGGCUGCUGCAGGGGGUGGACAUGCAGGGACUGCACAGGUGCGUGCACCUGCACCGGUGCCUGGGCCGCAUGCCCAGCCUGCGGCGCUACUACCUGCAGCAGCGGCGGCUGCAGAUCACCACCGACCUGGCGCCGCCAGCGCGCUUCCUGGAGGCAUACCAGGCCUACCUGGCGCAGGUGGUGGGUUUCUUCGUGGUGGAGGACGCGGUGGCGGCCGCCGCGCCCGACCUGGUGUCGCCCGACAGCGCCGCCCUGCUGUGGGAGGCGGCGGCGGCCUCGCUGCGGGGCGUGCUGGCGAGGGCGCUGGAGGAGGCGCUGGGCGGCGGCGCACCCGCCUCCAUCAUGCUGCUGCUCAAGGAUUUCAUGUUGUUGGUGUGCUCGGCGCUGGGCGCUCGCGGCUUCGUCACCGCCCCCGUCACCGAGCUGCUGUCUGCCUCGCGGCUGCGCUACCACGAGCUGCUCACGGCGGGCGUGGCGCUGCGGGUGGGGCGGGCGCUGGCGGCGGACGGCCUGGUGGGGGGGCUGGUCGUGACGGGCGAGGCGCAGGCGGCGGAGCUGGUGGGGCGGCUGGGGCUGCCGGCGGUGCUUGAGGGGUACGGCGCAGCAGUGCGCCCGGCUGUGCCGUACACGGCGCCCUUCACGCCCUGCCUGCCGCGCAUCCUCACCGCCAUACGGGGGUUUGUGUCUGACUCGCUCGCGUACCUGCAGGGGCUGCUCAGUCCCUGGGAGCUGCUGCCGGCGGUGCUGCACGCGCGAGACCGGCUCAUCGGCAAGACGGUGGUGGAUGCGCUGGCUGACCACACGGCCCGGCUGCUGGGGGCGGACGCAGCAAGUGCGCCGCCGCCGCCGCCGCCCUCGCGCGGCGCGCCGCCGCCGCCGCCGCCGCCGGGGCCGUGGCGGGCGCGCGAGGUGAUGCACAUGGUUGCGAACGCCUCCUGUCUGGCAUCCGCCAUGCAGGCACUGGACGAGUGGACGUUGCUGCAGGUGCGACCCCUGGGUGCCAUGGCGGCGGCCGCGGCGGCGGCGGCGGCCUCCGGCGGCGCAGCCGGCGGCGCCGGCAACCCCCUUGCUCCAAACCGCGCCGGCGGCGGGUCCGGCGGCGCGGGCGGCGGCGGCGGCGGCAGCUCUGACUCCUCCAUGGGUGCGGUGAUGGCGGCGCUGCGCAGUGUGCAGGACGCGGGGGAGAAGGGUCUGGUGCGGCUGCUGGCGGCGCGUGUGGAGGCGCUGGUGGCGGCGGGCGGCCGCGCGGCCAACUGGCUGCCUGGCGAGCCACUGCCCAUGGGCAUGUCGCCCUAUGCGGAGGAGCUGCUGGCGCUGCUGCGGGACUCGUUUGAGUCCGCCGCCGCCACCCUGCCGCGCUCCUCCUUCCUGUUCCUAGCCCGGGCGGUGGCCAGAGCCAUGGGCGGCGCAUUCAUGCAGCUGCUUAAGGAGGGCGUCAAGGCCUACAACCUGUUUGCCCUGGAGCACCUGGCCGGUGACGUGGCGGCACUGGACCGCUACCUGUACGGCCUCAGCCUCAGCGGCGCAGUGCCCGGCCUGGCGGAGGAGUUCGCGGGGCCCAGGCAGCUGUGCGCGCUGCUGCUGUCGCCCAGGGUGGAGGAGGUGCUGAUCCCGGAGGUGCGGCGGCAGCGCUACGGCUCGCUGGACCUGCCCGUGCUGGUGCUGGUGCUGGAGCGCUACCGGGAGCAGUCACGGGUGGACAGGACGAAGGAGAAGACGGGGCACGUGUCCAAGCGCGUGCUGGAGGGCAUCGCCAAGCAGCUGCGCGGGCAGAUGGUGGCGGGCACGGCCAUGAGCGGUCCGCGCGUGCUGGAGGAUGUUUGAGAGGAGGGUUUAAAUGUGGAGAUGUGGGAGUCUUUGGGUUUGUGGGGAUGGGGAUUGGGAUGGGGUGUAGCUGCCGGUACGGUGCUCUACGGAUGCAAUGUGAGAGGAUGCUGUUGAAGAGCGGGGGCGCAGGACGACGGCUGCGGGCGGGCGGGAGGAGGAAAUCGAUGUGUCCGGUGUCAGGUCAGGUGUGGAGGCGCGAGCGGUUGGAAAAGAUGGCAGGCGCUGCAUGCUCAAGGCUAUGAGUUUGAGUACCUAGAGCUCGGUGUCGCGGAUGGACGAGUUGACCACGAAAGGGCGCCAAGAAGCGGGAGGUCGCAACGCGCCAAAGGCGCAUGGCCAUGAACCCGCGCGUCGGCACGUCGAUCACACUCCACACUUCUCCUGUCGGUAUAUCUGGACUGAAUGCACGCGACGCGAUAAACUCGCUGCUGGUGACGAGUCAGGCCUUGCGACAGCACUACCAACUCUUGCCCCCGCUGGGCUCUUGACGUCGACUCGCUUUAUGCAUGCAUGUAAUUGCCAGUAAAG